GCCGCAAUUGUUGGUCUCACUGUGUGACCGUCCGGCGGAUCCUGCGUGAUCCAGCUUUCCUUUGCUACGAGACCGCAACACUACCGCAGUCCCUGAGACACGGUGGACACGCCACGAGUCUAGUAGACAUUUCCGGCUCGGCGACCGAGGUAUCUACAUUUACGGAAAGGCAUAAUUUAGCAUAUCUAAUGAAAUAUUGAACACGUAGCUGUUAAAAAAUGGGUAACCCAUCAGAUCACGUCGAAACUCCACUUACCGGUGGAUAUCUGCUGAUUGUAUUAGCCGAACCCAGGACUGCUGAACACAAAUUAGCUAUAUUGAAAAAACUCACAAAAGGGCUUUCGUGUUGGAAUUAUGAAGAGAGUGGCGUUGAAAUAGUAACUGAACUUAAUGCUAUUGUUAAUCAAAACAUCGAAGGCGAAGAAGGCAAAAAUGGUGAACAACUUUUUCAAUAUGUAAGUGAUAAUUUAGUGGCAGAAAUUCUUAUUAACCCUCAACACAGUACAUUAGUGCAAUGCGUAAGAAACUUAUUAGCAAGUUUUACAAAGUAUAGAUGCAUUAUUCAUGCAGGAUAUUCGUUCACAGAAAAUGGAUCGUGGAUCGUCCAGGAUGGUUCAUUUUCGGUCAUUGACUUCUUAGAUGCAUAUAAAACGGCUGAAGCUCAGCGCACAAUUAGACUCCAUGAAAACCAUAUUCGUAUUGAUCUUCAUUGUUCUGCAGACGCUGAUUGGAAUCAAGUUAGUCGACUUAAAGGCACGCGUUUUUUGUUAAAUCCGCCGGAAAAAAUAGUUGACAAUGAGUCAAUAGAAUCAACUGUAAGGUGGCUUUGUGAUAAAAUUGAAGUGGUUGAACUUGAUAUACUACUUGAAGGGUCACAAGUUGUGGGAAAUAUCAGAUUUAGUAGACCUACACUUUAUGUAUUUCCUGCUGGACAAGGCGAUUCCGCAUUAUUUGGCAUCAAUGGAUUCAACAUGUUAAUCGAUGGAGGAGCGGGAAGAAAUUCUUGUUUUUGGGGUUUUGCAAGACACUUGGAUCGAUUAGAUGCAGUACUAUUAACAAGACUCAACAGUAGUAAUUUAGAAGGAGUUGCAUCCUUUUUAAAACGAAAAACCAUGUCAUCAUUGUAUCCACAAAUAGGACAUUUUUUUUGUAACUUCAAGACAAGAAAACAAAUAUCAUCUCCUAACACUGAUGCUAAACAAGAUGUUCUUUCAAUUAGCUUAAUAGAUACAGCACAAAGCAUAAUAACUGAUCUUAAACAAUUGCAACUUCGUCCGCAUUUAUGUUAUCGAAACAUAAAUUUAGAACCCAUCAAUUUAUAUCAUAAAGUUGGACAUGGAAAACUCGAUAUGUAUGUAUUAAAUCCUUCUAAAGACAGUAAAGAGGUAAAAGACUUUUUGACAAAAUGGAAUGAAGGUGAUCAAAAAUUAUUUAAUCCUACUAAAGAUUUGCAGUUUCCAUUGCCUAACAUUAUAUCUGUUUGUACACUGCUAGUAUGGCAACCAGCAAAUCCAAAUACUACCAUCACUAGAAUUUUUUUUCCCGGAAGUAGUCCUCAAAAUAAAAUAUUUGAAUCUUUAGAAAGAGUCAGACAUCUUGAAUUUUUAAAGCAUCCUUCAUGCUCUAUUAAAUCAAUGAGUUCAUCUACAUCAGUAACAAUAAAAUCACAAACAACAAAGAAGACAGUUCUUGAAAAAAUGAUUCCUGGUGAAACUAAAGCCGUUAAAACUAUGGAAAAUUUAGAAGUAUCAACAUCAGCCUCAAAUGCUGUUAUACAAACAGCUAUAAUACCAACAGUACCCAAAGAAGGAACUCCAAAACCAAAAUUCCCAGUUGAGGCAGAAAAAUCAAAACCAAAUUUAAAGACAGUUACGAAAGAAACAGUUAACUCAAAAACAAAAAUUGAACAUAAAUAUAGUUCAAUUAGUGCAAAAGUAAAUUCUAACAAGGUUAUACAAAAAAGUACAACUAUUAAAAAAACAUUAAAAUUAUCAUCUAAAUCUCCUCCUACUGAUAAAUCAACACCAACUACUCCAAUUGAAAAUCAAGAAAAAACGCCUAAACCAAUUAAACAAGUUAUCAAACCAAAAUCAACAAUAAAAUCUCCUUCAAGUACUCCUACUAAAAGUAAAAAAGAGGAAGCUAAUCGUAAAGUUUUGGUUUCUUCAAGAACGAAUUCUGGUUUAAAGCGAACUCAAAUAACUAAAAAAGAAAUAAAGCCAGCCAAACCAAUAAAUGAAAUUGAAACAGAAGGUAUUUCUUCGAAAAAAGACUCAAAUAUUAUUUAUAAAUCUAGUUUGAUAAGUGGUGAUAAAGAUAAAAGUGGCGAAGAAGAAGAUAUUUUAAUUGUGGAAAAAGUAGCGAUUACACCAGAAAAACUAUUGACUCCAGAUGGGAAAAAAAUCAUUGCCAAUGAAUUGGAUGGGAUUUUAACAACUGCCAAGGAUAUAGUAAUUAAAGAAAAAUGCGUAGAAAAAUUGUCAGAUUCUGGAGCCACUACAGCGCCCACUAUGCCAGAAGAUGAAAAAAUAAAUGACUCAAAAAAAGAAAUCGAAGUUAACGAAUCAGACCAAAAAUCCGAAGAAUUUAAAAAAGCAAAAGAUGCAUUAAAAACACCAGAUGAAGUUGCUGAUUUACCAUUUCACGAAGAAGCAGAUGAACAUAAAACAAAAGUUACAGAAAAAGUAAUUGAAACAGAAAUUGAAUCACAAGAAAUUGUUCAAGUAGAAAAUGCCGAAUAUGUACUGGUAUCAUUAGAUUCAUCUCCAGAAGCAUUAAAACGACAAGUAUUGGAUAACGUUAAUUUGUUGGAUACAGAACUUGACGAAGAAUCUGAAAAAGAAGAUGAAUACGUAGAAAAAAAAGAAAGUAAAUUAAUAGAACAUCUACUUGAAUCAUCCAAGGAUUUGUGUGAAAUAACAGACAAAAUUGAUGAGUUAAAAAAACAAAACGAACAUGAGAUUAACAAUCACCUAAUACAUGAAAAUUUACAAAACUAUAGUCACGGUAAUACUGAAACUAUAAAUGUAUGCGCAGAAUUGAUAAAUCAAGAAAAACAAAUAGAAAUUCAAGAAAAAGCGAAAUCUAGAGGUUCACUUUCUGAUGAGACAUUACAAACUAUGGUUAAUGAAACUAUUACGACAGCUACUAAUGUUAUAAAUAGAUCAGGAUCAACUACUGAAGAACAAGAGAGAGUAUCAGAACACAUCAGGGCAACCCAUGAGUCUAAGGUAUCUACUAAACCAGAUUCAAUUGAUAAUGAACAAGUUCAAUCUUCACUUAAUGACACAAAUACAUCAUCUAGUAAAAUUACAAGUAGAUCCGGUUCUAUUUCAAUAGACAAAAAAGCAAAUACUACGGAAAAAACCACCGAUAAACAGGACUCCAAAGCAUCAAGUAAUGCAGGAUCGGUUUGUGAGGAGCCAGUGAAAUCCCCGGUUAACGAAACAGUUACAUCUUCUUCUAAAGUUGCAAGUAGAUCCGGAUCUAUCACUGAUGACCAAGCAAAAACUACAGAAAUAUCCGAAGAUAAAAAAGAUUCAAAAGCAUCAAGUAAGGAAGCUUCAGUUUGUGAUGAACCAGUGAAAUCUCCGGUUAAUGAAACAAUUACGUCUUCUUCUAAAGUUGCAAGUAGAUCCGCUUCUAUUACAAACGAACAAGAAAAAACUACAGGAAACGUGAAUGAUAACCAAGAUUCAAAGGCGUCUAGUAGGGCAGGCUCAGUUUGUGAUGAACACGUUAAAUCUCCAGUUCAUGAAACAUUUACAUCGUCUUCUAAAGUUGCUAGUAGAUCCGGUUCUAUUAUAACAGAAGAACAGGAAAAAACCACCGAUAAACAGGAUUCCAAAGCAUCAAGUAAAGCAGGUUCAGUUUGUGAUGAACCAGUGAAAUCUCCAGUUCAUGAAACAAUUUUGACAGCCAAUAAAGUUCCAAGCAGAUCAGGUUCUAUUACAACAGAUGAACAAGAAAAAACCCUCGAUAAACUGGAAUCCAAAACAUCAAGUAAGUCAGGUUCAGUUUGUGAUGAACCAGUGAAAUCUCCAGUUCAUGAAACAAUUUUAACAGCCAAUAAAGUUUCAAGCAGAUCAGGUUCUAUUACAACAGAUGAACAAGAAAAAUCCCUCGAUAAACUGGAAUCCAAAGCAUCAAGUAAAGCAGGUUCAGUUUGUGAUGAACCAGUGAAAUCUCCGAUUCAUGAAACCAAUACGUCUUCUUCUAAAGUUGCAAGUAGAUCCGCUUCUAUUACAAACGAACAAGAAAAAACUACAGGAAACGUGAAUGAUAACCAAAAUUCAAAGGCGUCUAGUAGGGCAGGCUCAGUUUGUGAUGAACAUGUAAAAUCUCCAGUUCAUGAAACAUUUACAUCGUCUUCUAAAGUUGCUAGUAGAUCCGGUUCUAUUAUAACAGAAGAACAGGAAAAAACCACCGAUAAACAGGAUUCCAAAGCAUCAAGUAAAGCAGGUUCAGUUUGUGAUGAACCAGUGAAAUCUCCAGUUCAUGAAACAAUUUUGACAGCCGAUAAAGUUACAAGCAGAUCAGGUUCUAUUACAACAGAAGAACAAGAAAAAACCCUCGAUAAACUGGAAUCCAAAACAUCAAGUAAGUCAGGUUCAGUUUGUGAUGAACCAGUGAAAUCUCCAGUUCAUGAAACAAUUUUGACAGCCGAUAAAGUUGCAAGCAGAUCCGGUUCUAUUACAACAGAUGAACAGGAAAUAACCACCGAUAAAAUAGAUUCCAAAGCAUCAAGUAAAGCAGGUUCAGUUUGUGAUGAACCAGUGAAAUCUCCAGUUCAUGAAACAAUUUUGACAGCCAAUAAAGUUCCAAGCAGAUCAGGUUCUAUUACAACAGAUGAACAAGAAAAAACCCUCGAUAAACUGGAAUCCAAAGCAUCAAGUAAAGCAGGUUCAGUUUGUGAUGAACCAGUGAAAUCUCCAGUUCAUGAAACAAUUUUGACAGCUAAUAUAGUUACAAGUAGGUCUGGUUCUAUUACAAACGAACAAGAAAAAACUACAGAAAACGUGAAUGAAAACCAAGGUUCAAAGGAGUCUAGUAGGGCAGGCUCAGUUUGUGAUGAACAUGUAAAAUCUCCAGUUCAUGAAACAAUUACGUCUUCUUCUAAAGUUGCAAGUAGAUCCGCUUCUAUUACAACGGAGGAACAAGAAAAAACCCUCGAUAAACUGGAAUCCAAAGCAUCAAGUAAAGCAGGUUCAGUUUGUGAUGAACCAGUGAAAUCUCCAGUUCAUGAAACAAUUUUGACAGCCGAUAAAGUUGCAAGCAGAUCAGGUUCUAUUACAACAGAUGAACAAGAAAAAACCCUCGAUAAACUGGAAUCCAAAGCAUCAAGUAAAGCAGGUUCAGUUUGUGAUGAACAAGUUAAAUCUCCAGUUCAUGAAACAAUUACGUCUUCUUCUAAAGUUGCUAGUAGAUCCGGUUCUAUUACAACAGAUGAACAGGAAAUAACCACCGAUAAAAUAGAUUCCAAAGCAUCAAGUAAAGCAGGUUCAGUUUGUGAUGAACCAGUGAAAUCUCCAGUUCAUGAAACAAUUUUGACAGCCGAUAAAGUUGCAAGCAGAUCCGGUUCUAUUACAACAGAUGAACAAGAAAAAACCCUCGAUAAACUGGAAUCCAAAGCAUCAAGUAAGUCAAGUUCAGUUUGUGAUGAACCUGUGAAAUCUCCGAUUCGUGAAACAAUUACGUCUUCUUCUAAAGUUGCAAGUAGAUCCGGUUCUAUUACAAACGAACAAGAAAAAACUACUGAAAACGUAAAUGAUAACCAAGAUUCAAAGGUGUCUAGUAGGGCGGGCUCAGUUUGUGAUAAACACGUUAAAUCUCCAGUUUAUGAAACAAUUACGUCUUCUUCUAAAGUUGCUAGUAGAUCCGGUUCUAUUACAACAGAUGAACAGGAAAUAACCACCGAUAUAAUGGAUUCCAAAGCAUCAAGUAAAGCAGGUUCAGUUUGUGAUGAAUUAGUGGAAUCUCUAUUAUGUGAAGCCACGGCAUCAGACAAGAUCAAAACAAUGAUAUCCAGUUCUAUAUCUCAUGAACCACUACAUGAUAAUCAAUACUCAAAGGUUUCAAGAAAAGCCAGUUCCAUAUGUGAAGAACCAUUAAAAUCGUCGGAACUAGAAAUAAAUACUGAUGUGACGAAAUUAAAAAGUAGACCGAGUUCAAUUAACCAAGACCAAGAUAUUGUUUAUAAUUCUCUUACAGACAAACAAGAAUUUAAUGCAUCUAGUAAUGAAACUAGCUCAAUUAAUUAUAGGGAACCAAUAAAAAUAGAUUGUUUUGAAAAAAAUACCAAUGAAAGGGUUAUUUCUAGUAGACCCAAUUCAGAAGAAGAAUUACUUGAUUCUGUACCUAGUAUUAAUAAAUACUCCACUUUAGAAAAUACUAUAUCUGACAUAUCUUUUAAAGAACAAGAAAUAGUUUCUACAUCAUUAAUAAAUAAGAGUAAUUCAAUUUGCCAAGAUACAGAGAGUACACCAACAUUAGCAAUGGACAAAUAUGAUAUUGAAACAAGUAGUAGAAAAGAUUCGUUUUGUCAGGAUAAGAAUGAAUCCAUAACAAUUUCGUCAAGUAGUACUAGUUCAAUUUGUCAAGAAAUUAAUACUCAAUCUUCAAAACUUUCUAGUAGGAAAAGUUCUAUUAUCGAUGAUUUAAUUGAUAAACCUUCAAAAUUACAAAUUGGGGAAAAGAGCUCUAGUCUUCAAGAAUCAAAUAUUUAUGACCAUAGCAUUGAUGAUAAUUCUAAAAUAUUCAACAAAUCUGGAUCCUUGUGUGAUGAAAUGCUAAAUAUGUCGUUUAAUAAAGUAACAGAAAAUGUCAUUUCAAAUAAAACAUGUGAACGAAUAGUUUCUCCAACACUUAUCGCUGAAAAUACAGAAUGUAAAAUAGACAAUAAAGAGGGAUCUGUGGGCGAAGAAUCAAUGAAAUCUUCUAAUAAUGAAACUGGCAAUAAAGGAAAUUUAAUUUCAAGUACUCUAAAUUCAAUUCCUCAAAAAACAGAAGAAGAAAAAAAUCAAUCAUCAAAAUCAAGUUCUAUAUUUGAUGAAACACAAAAGUUACAAAUUGAAAAUAAUAAAAUCAUUUUGUCACCUUUCGAAAUAAUCGAAACCAAUGUUAUUGAAAAAAAAGUGGAAGAAUCAAAAUCUUUAGGCAGAAUAGGAUCUUUGUGUGAAGAAAUUGCUAAAUUUUUAACAGAUGACGAUAAAAAAAUGUCUACGAAUAAUACAUAUGAAUCGUCAUGCGGUAUAAACGAAUCUACUUUAAAAAAUAACAAUGAAGUAUUAAAAGUUGAAACUGAACCAUUAUUACAGUUUGAAAAAAAUACUUAUGCUUUGAACAAGAUUGAAAAACCUUUACAACUCGACGAUGAAGUCAAAGUUAGUGAAAAACAUGAUAACAUAAAUGAGAAAAAUACAGAUCAUAGUCUUCCUGCUGAAAAUAUCACUGUUUCUAAUAUUAAGUCCUCAGAUAUUUCUACAAUAUUGAUUGAAGAAAAUAAUAAGACUGGUAUAAUGAAUGUUGCUCAAAUGGUAGGGAAAAAUAUUAACGACGAAUCUUUUACCAAACAUACCGCUAUAACUGACAAUGAAUCCAAAAAUUUAAAAACGGUCAAUCCAAUUUCUAGUAUUACUUCAGAAGAAUGUAUUAGUAAAUUAUCAAAUGUUUUAAUUGAAGAUAUAGUGAAAUCAUCUAAUGAGAAAAAUAUCAUGAAUAAUUCAUCAUUAACAGACAUUUGUGUAAACCAACCAUUAGGUGUUACUCUAAAUAGUGAAGACUUGGGUGUUACUAAAGAUAUAGUAAUGCAAUUAAAAAGAGAUGUACACGAAGCAUUACAUCAAUGUAGUAGUGAUGACGAGCGGCCAUAUACUCCUCAAAGCGAAUCUAGCAUGUCUAGAUCGGCAAUGAAUAUUGAUGAAGACGAUGAUGAUAACGAAGACAAUAAAAUUGAAACCGAUGAUGAUAUGGCUGGAUCUCCUAUGUCAACUGGACCAUCACCAAUCCAAAUGCAACUCGAUAAUCGACAAGUAGAAAUUAAUAUCGAUUUUAAUAAAGCCAUUCAGGAACAUAGGAUUACUAGAGGAGAAGAUUUGACAACUACUGAAGCAAAUGGUAACCAUGUUACAGAAAUUAAAACAACUGAACAUGAUAAUAUUAAUCAAAACCAAAGCACUUCAUCCGAUACGGUUCAGAGUUGGGGUAAACCACUAGGUCUACCGCCAGUACAAAGCAUUAAUAAUAACGGUUUUGAUCCAAUACGUGAAUGGGGAAAACCAUUUGGUCUUCCUUCUCCAACACAGCCGGUCCUUGAACUCGGAGAAACUCAAAAUAUGAGUAGUAAGAUUACACCCAAAAAGUUGAAAAAAAUUAUGGACAACAAACCAAUAAUUAAUGUCAUGGAUAAAGACUCGCAAAAUCGAAUUCGACGAUCGGAGUCGCCGAGCAAACUUAGGAGUCGAUCAUCAAGUCGGAUGUCGAGAAUUAAUCCUGUUUAUCUGGAUCUUAUUUAUGUGCCACAUCAUGGAAAUUCAAAAUAUGUAUCUGCUGACUUCUUUAAGCGCGUACGAGCUAGAAAUUACGUUUUUAGCGGUACUGACCCUAGUAAAGAAGUCUUAAAUGCCUUAAUCGAAGGUAAACAGGCUUGGGAGGAUCAAGAUUUAGAAGUCACCAUAAUACCAACUUAUGAUACUGAUACGCUGGGUCAAUGGGUGGCAGAAAAUGAAGAGCUGCUGACCAAGUUGAAGAUUGAUUUAAGUCCCAGCGCUAGUCGAUGCACGAUAAAAUUACAAGAUCAUAAUACCAGCUGCUCCGCAUAUAGACUAGAAUUUUAAUUAAGUAAUUAUAGAUACAUACUAAUGCGAGUAAUGAAAUAGUCUUCGUCCAUCAUAUUAUUAGAAAUAUAUUGUUAAGUGUGAUAACUGAUAAAACUAUCUGUCCAUUUUACUUCUUAAUGAAAUGUAUGGCUGCUUUAUAUUAAUAUAUUAUUAGUGUAAACAAGUACAAGUAUAUUCGCUUCCGUUCUGAAUUUUUUUUUAGCAGAGCGUGCGAAUAAAAAAUGCACACUAAAUUACAAGACUGGACAAUCCAUCCUGGGUAGUUCUACUUUUUUUCAUUCUAUUUCAUAUGAAAACAUUUUAAUACAUUUUAGCUACUUUUUUUAUUCAUUCACAUUUUUUUAGUACUAACAUCGGGCGCUUCUAUUUCACUUUAACCAACUUUAUAAUUGUUCAAUAAUUACUUUUUUUUUAUUCUUCUUAAAAUAUUUACAGUAAGAUACGCAAUACAUAUGCUUUAUAUGUUUUUACUUAAAUAUGUGUAUUGUGUAAAGUAAAAGAUAAUGAAAAUAGCAGAUAAUAUUUUAUCAUAAUAUAUAGUUUUUACAAAUUCGCUUUGGGAAUUGGAACUUAAACAUGUCGAAAACGUUAUGUGAUGAACAUUUUUAAUAAUACAUUUUUACGAACUGACUGUACGACAGGGUAAUCGGAGAGACCGUUUAAAAUCGGAUAAUAAAUUGCUGAAUAACCUUUAUACCUAAUAUGUUUCCCAUAAAUAAUUGUUUGAAUGUUCGACAAUUUAUAGUAGGUAUUAUAUUUAAGAAUCCUUUAUUUAAGUUAAUCCAAACAUUGAGUCGUAUUCAUAUUUUACUAAAAGCCUGAUGUAGGUAUUAAUUCAUCAUAAAUAUUUUAUUCCGAAUUAUUGUUAUUAUAGGCUAAACCGGUUAAUAUAAUGUUUGACUGUUAUAAUUUUCUAUGAAUAUAUCUUCCAUUUAAUUAGAUAGGUUCGAAGAAUAAAUUAACUGAAAAGCUUUUUUAUGUUUAUCAGAAUUAAUUUUGGUACUAUUAUUAUUAAUUCACAUGAUUUUUGAUCGUAGAAUAUCGCGGAAAAUGUGAUAUUUUUCCGUGCGUAAACAUAAGAAUAACAUUAAUAGGUAGGUAGGUACUGCGUUUUGCAUUCCGAUUUCUUCGAGGGUAAAGAUGGAUAAAAAUUUAAUGACGCACCUCAAUGAAAAACCUGUUAACGACAAUAAAAAUAAAUUAUAGUUGAGAAACCACAAUAACCAGUGAUAGACAUUAGGUUGAUAACUGUUCAUCGAGCUUAUGAUUUAUUUUUGGGUAAUAUCGUAAAUUAGAAUCGCUGUAUAAUAUACCUAAUCUAAUAUGUACAACUAACGCAUUAAUGCGAUUUUCUGUCCAGAACACUCCUACUUCAUUACGUCCAAUUUCUCCAUCCUCUCUUAAACACAGUACUUUAAACAUAAUUUUUAACCCUCAUUUUAUUUUAUUUAUUACCGUGUUGUUAUCAUUUUCAGUGGAUAUGAGUCAUGCCAUAUUAUAACUUAUAAGUAUUAUAUGAUAUGUAUGAAUAAAUUUAAUGUAUUUCACUGUACGCGUGCUAUAAGUGAAUUAAACACUAGAAAAUUAUAUCUAUAAUCUCACUAGAUCCUAUCUAACAAUCAUUGUCAACAUAUAUUUGUGGCUUUGUGGGUCUUAUAAAAAGACAUAAUUUUACUCGUACCUAUAUAAUAUUUAUUAUCCACGCAUUCAUAUAGCUCGUCGACCUACUUCGAAGGCUUGGUAUGAUUAUUAUUUAGGAAUCGUGAAAACUUUUUACGAGACAUUUUUUAAAUGGUGCUAUGUUCCGUCAAGGAUAAAGUUACUCUGAUGACUUAAGAAAAAACGUGAUUUAUGUAUUUUAGUUUUUAAAAAUGUUAGUAUCAUUAUACAUUAAUCUUUUAUACGAAUAGUUAAUUGUAAUGAAUAAUCAUCAUAACAAUGUUAUUAAUUCAUUGAAGUGCGUUCUACAGAUUAACUCAUCGCAUUAGGUUUAUUAAUGUGUAGUUUAAGUUUAUAGUUUAUUUUUUAAUUGUAUUUUAUAUUUUUAUCUUUAGUGAAUUAAAAAAAAAACAUAUUUAUUAUUAUUUUAAAAAUUACGCAGUCUGCACGAUCUUCUAAUAUAAUACCUAUACGAAUCGAUUUUUGCAUUUGCAUAUUAAAAACAGUGUUUUGUUGUAUUAUUAAUAAGUCUAAUUUAUUUGUUAUAUCAUAUAUUAUAUACCUAUCGUGUAUUACUUAGCUAUUUACAAGUUUAUAAAUGUUAUCUAAGCGUUAAUAAAAAUGAAGUACACAAUUUAAAGAAAAUACUUGAUUACAUUUCGCAAGUAGAUAAAAUAGCUUGUGAUAAAACAGCAUUUUUUUUUUAUAUAUAUAUAUUGUUUUAUUUCUUUAAUUUUACAUUUUUCCUUUUAUACUCGUAUGUGAAAUUUAUCAAAUUUAAAGAAAAUGCUUAUGUUGUUCUACAUCGGCCUUACAGAUAUUUUUCUUUUUUUUACUAAUUUAUUAUUAUAUACACUUUGUAUUAUCAAUUAUCAUUAUUAUUAUUAUUAUUAUUAAUUUUAUUCAAGUUUAAAUAUAAAUAACUUAACCUUCCAGCUCUUAAAAUACGCAAAUGAUAUUAUUGUAUAAGGAUAGUUAAUUAGAAUCUGUAAUUUGAUAAUUAAAUGUUUGAUUUUAGAACCAAA